AUGAAGGCGAACAAGAUGAAGGUCAAGGUGGUGUUCGGUCAGUCGAGGCUCGUCGUGCCGUGCGGCAACGUGACGGACAAGGUGGAGCGCCUCAUCGAGGACAUCAACCGCCGCUUCCAGAACCACCUGGGCGACCCCACUGCCCGCGCCAAGGAGCUCCUCACCGCCGACGGCUUCCUGCUCAACGCGCACGAUCUCAUCGAGGACGUCAUCGACGACGGCUCCGCCCUCAACGCCCUCGACUUCCCCACCUGGCUCAAGCUCCACGUCCCUCUGUUGGAGAAGGGCGGCCACAAGGUGGCGCAGACGGACCACGCCGAGGGCAACCCGCGCACGGCGCCGGCCCGCUACGCCGAGAUCGGCAAGCACAAGCACAACAAGAUCUACGUCAAGAUCGGCGGCGCCGCGACGGAGGUGGACAAGCUGGAGCUGUUCGACGCCGAGAGCCUGCGCACGUUCGGCGAAAAGGAGGGCCGCGCGCUGAUCGCCCACAAGGCGGUCAAGGACGGCAAGUGGGACUGGGCGAUCGAGGUCCACUUCAUCAUCGAGGCGGGCGUCGUCACCGCCGCCGAGCUGUCGGUCAAGGCCACCAGCGACGCUCGCGCCCACAUCGAGGUGGUGCCGAUCAAGGUCGACGGCCUCGUUCUGGGCGAACCCAAGGUCAUCCAGAACUCCUUCUUCGGCAUGCCCGACAAGGCCUACGACAUCCCUGCGCCCGUGCGCCAAGGUCCCGCCUACGUGCCUGGCAAGGACUUCCUUCCCCGCGAUCAGGAGCCCGAGGGUAUUGUGGAGAGCCCGGUGCCGGAGAACAACGUGGCUGUGGGCGACCUGGGCCUGGAGAUCAAGCAGAAGGACGCCUGUCAGCCGGACCAGGGCUGGAGGGAGAGCGACGGCUACUGGAACAAGUUUUAUAACAACCUGGCCAUCUUCAACCCGCUCGAGAAGGAGGUCGCCCUCACCAAGAUCUCGUCGGCCUACGAGAAGGACGGCCAGUGGAUUGAGAUGACCACCUCGCUUGGUUACAAGCAGGGGUACUACAACUACCAGUUCGGCGCGCGCCACGAGGGCUUCACGCUGGAGCCCAACGCCAGGCUCAACCUGGCCAUCAACAGCGCUGUUAAGGUUAACGCGCGCCAGUUCGACCGCGAGCGCCGCGCCCACGGCUCGCUGCCGUCGCCGCUCCGCAUCCGCAUCAGCUUCGAGGACAAGGAGGGCAAGAAGGCCGAGAUCGUGAUCGAGCACCGCAACCAGCCCCUUUACCUCUCGACCAAGGAGUCGCGCGCGGCCCAGCUCAAGACGCCCGUCGCCUUCUUCGUCUCCGCCGACGACACCGACGCCGAGGGCAACGUCUGGACUCAGGCGGUGGAGGUUCCCGCUGAGAAGAGGGUGGAGUUCAGCAGCAGGGGCUCGAACAGCACCACCUACGUCACGAAGACGCUGCUCGACAAGCUCCUGUUCGAGGCCAAGAAGGACGGCAAGACCGAGCUGCCGAUGCCCAACCUGUCGACGGUGAACAAGGAGAACGGCUUCGACAUCAACGCCACGGCGCUGGUCGACCUCGAGAACCAGUGGGUCUACGCCAUCCGCUUCGAGAUCACCACCAACACCUCGCGCGCCGUGGACCACUACGUCCUGCCCGACAUCUUCUAA